AAAGGAAAAUAGGGAUACCACAUCAUCACCAUCUCAUUUCCCUCCUUAUGUUUUCCUAGCUCUUAUCUCCACAAUUCUUCCAUCCAAGUCUCUCUUCUCCUCAAGCCUCAGUUACAAGGCUUGAAGUGAAGAAGAGCAGCUCCAACCGGAGCAAAAGUUGGGCAGCAAACAUGGCAAUCUGCAGCGCACACACCACCACAUCCCUACGCUCCCCAUGCACCACCAUCUCAAACACAGGCCUCAGGCAGAACCAAGUCAUCCUCUUCACAACCAGAAGCAGCAGGAGGGGUAGCACGAGACACGGAGCAAGGACCUUCCAGGUUUCAUGCACAGCCGAGAAGCCAAUCAUUAUUGGCCUGGCAGCAGACUCAGGAUGUGGGAAGAGCACCUUCAUGCGCCGGCUCACCAGUGUGUUUGGAGGCGCUGCAGAGCCACCCAAGGGAGGGAACCCAGACUCAAACACACUCAUCAGCGACACGACAACAGUGAUUUGCCUUGAUGACUACCAUUCCUUGGACAGAACCGGCAGGAAGGAGAAAGGUGUGACCGCCCUCGAUCCGAAGGCAAACGACUUUGAUCUCAUGUAUGAGCAGGUGAAGGCAAUCAAAGAAGGCAAGGCCAUUGAGAAGCCAAUCUACAACCAUGUCACCGGCCUCCUGGACCCAGCUGAGCUCAUUCAGCCCCCCAAGAUUUUCGUCAUUGAGGGUUUGCACCCAAUGUACGAUCAACGCGUGAGGGACCUCCUAGAUUUCAGCAUCUACUUGGAUAUCAGCAAUGAGGUUAAGUUUGCAUGGAAAAUUCAGAGGGACAUGGCUGAGCGUGGGCACAGCCUUGAAAGCAUCAAGGCUAGCAUCGAAGCCAGGAAACCAGAUUUCGAUGCCUAUAUUGAUCCACAGAAGCAAUACGCUGAUGCUGUGAUUGAAGUUCUCCCGACACUGCUGAUUCCUGAUGACAAUGAAGGAAAGGUGCUGCGUGUUAAAUUGAUCAUGAAAGAAGGCGUGAAAUACUUCAACCCUGUUUACCUCUUCGAUGAAGGAUCAAGCAUCAGUUGGAUCCCUUGUGGGAGAAAGCUUACAUGCUCUUAUCCUGGCAUCAAAUUUUCUUAUGGCCCAGACACUUACUUUGGUCAAGAGGUAUCAGUGCUGGAGAUGGACGGGCAAUUUGACAGACUUGAUGAACUCAUCUAUGUUGAGAGCCACCUAAGCAACCUCUCCACCAAGUUCUACGGAGAGGUUACACAGCAAAUGCUAAAGCAUUCAGACUUCCCAGGCAGCAACAAUGGAACAGGACUCUUCCAAACUAUUGUAGGACUGAAGAUUAGAGAUCUGUAUGAACAGAUCAUUGCAGAGAGAGCCGGCGUACCUGCUGAAGCAGCAAAAGUUUGAAGACCGCCUCCCCCCCCCCCCCACCCCACCCCCAAACACACACACACAUUGAGAUUUCAUGAAUCAUUUCAUCACCAGCUCAAUGAGAAUGAGCAUCCUUGCGUUCAUUGUAACUAGUUUGGAAAUGUUACAGCUAGAAGACGGUAGAAAGUUCAUUGCAGAACUCAUGUAAACCUGCAUUUGAACUUCUCGAAAACCCUUUCCACGAGGGUGCUCUCACGUCUCUUCGUAACACAUUUCAAUGUACAUCUUCCAUGUUCCAUUGCAGAAAUACAAGUGUUUGCUACUAUCAAAA